ACCGUGCCCCCCCACCAGAUCACUCAUUGUCUCACACACUCGAAAACUCUCACACGAAGGUCGAAAGGUCCAUAAAUGGCGCAUUAGUUAAAACCUCAAACCACCUCUUCGCAUGUGACUUGCUAGUUGCUCUACUCUCUUCCAUUAUUAUUUUCCUUCUUCUUUGCUUGAGUCUCAAGCAUAUCGCCAUGGCAGCAGCUCCGUCUCUUAACCUCCUCAUCAUCACACUAUUUCUUCUCAUCAUUUCACUCCCAAGAUCUGAAUCUCUCCCCGAGAAUCCAUCCCUGCUUCUUCUAGGCGACGGAUUCGACUGGCCGAUCUCUGAUGGCGGCAUUGGCGGAGGAGAAAGCUUCGAAGACGCGGAGGAGGAAGAGGACAACGUCGGUGUCGGAGAUCGACGGUCAUUGUACUGGCACAGGAAGAGAUACUACAUAUCGUACGGUGCAUUGUCGGCGAACAGAGUCCCGUGUCCUCCCAGAUCUGGAAGAUCGUACUACACUCACAACUGCUUCAGAGCUAGAGGUCCGGUGCAUCCCUACACUCGAGGCUGCUCGUCCAUCACUCGAUGCCGGAGAUAACUAGGAGAAAAGACUUGCUGCAUUAUCCAUGGGUGUUUUCGUAAUUUCGUAUCAACGGACCCUGUUUGUAUUGUUCGUUCGAUUUCAAUGUAUUUUUGUAGCAAACCGCGUUUAAUUACGUCUGUUUAACUUAAUUAAACCCGGUGAUUAUUAUUCGAGUGCUACUUAUCUCGUGUCUUUUUGUCGGUGGGUUUUAAAUUGUUUUCAUGUACUGUUACUCAUGAACCCAGGAAUUAUCACAUGUAUUUGGAUU